UUGUUUUGUCACGUGACAAGGUGGCAGUGAGGUGAAUGCGCCGGGUCAAAUUUAUGAAGAACGGUAAAAAAUUCACGCGUAUUAACUGACACAAUAGCUUAAAUAUUUACGAAAAUGGAUCUUCGUAAAUUAACAGAAUUAUUACGUGCUACUAUUGACCCUUCUCAACAGAAGCAAGCUGAAGAUCAAUUGAAUCAGAUUCACAAGAUUAUAGGUUUUGCCCCUACUCUUUUACAAGUAGUUAUGUCAGCUGAAGUUGAUAUGCCUGUACGGCAAGCUGGUGUUAUUUACUUGAAAAAUUUAAUUACCACAAAUUGGGCUGAUAGAGAAGCUGAUAAUGGACCUGUAGAAUUUAGUAUUCAUGAACAAGAUCGUGCUAUGAUACGUGAUGCAAUAGUGGAUGCUGUGGUUCAUGCACCUGAAUUGAUUAGAGUGCAACUAGCAGUAUGUAUUAGCAAUAUAGUAAAACAUGAUUUCCCUGGAAGAUGGACUCAAAUAGUUGAUAAAAUUACAAUAUAUCUUCAAAAUCCUGAUGCUUCUUGUUGGCCUGGUGUUCUUCUUGCAUUAUAUCAACUUGUCAAAAACUUUGAGUAUAAAAAAGCAGAAGAAAGGGGACCAUUAAAUGAAGCAAUGAAUUUACUUUUCCCUAUGAUAUACCAAUUGAUAUUACGUUUAUUGCCAGAUUCAUCUGAACAAUCAGUUUUACUUCAAACACAAAUCUUGAAAAUCUUUUUUGCACUUACUCAGUAUACGCUGCCUCUUGAUCUUAUAUCGAAAGAAGUAUUCUCCCAAUGGAUGGACAUUGUGCGACAAGUAGCUGAUAGGCCUGUCCCACCAGAAACUAAUAAUCCAAAUUUAGAUGAUGAUGAACGUGUAGAGCUUCCUUGGUGGAAAUGUAAAAAAUGGGCUUUACAUAUUCUUCAUAGAAUGUUUGAAAGAUAUGGUAGUCCUGGUAAUGUAACCAAAGAAUAUAAAGAAUUUUCAGAAUGGUAUCUUGAAACCUUUAGUGGUGGAAUUUUAGAAGUUCUUUUAAAAAUUUUGGAUCAGUACAGAAGAAAAAUCUUUGUCUCUCCUAGAGUAGUACAACAAUCGAUUAAUUAUAUCAAUCAAGGCGUUAGUCAUGCUUUUUCUUGGAAGUUUUUGAAACCUCAUAUGUUUGAGAUCAUUCGUGAUGUGCUAUUUCCUAUCCUUUCAUACUCUGCUACUGACGAGGAAUUAUGGAAUAACGAUCCAUAUGAAUAUAUAAGGGUCAAAUUUGAUAUUUUCGAAGACUUCGUAUCUCCAGUAACAGCAGCACAGACCUUAUUGCAUUCUGCAUGCAAAAAACGAAAAGAUAUGUUACAAAAAACUAUGCAAUUUUGUGCAGAAGUUCUAACAAGUCCAAACGCUGAUCCACGGCAGAAAGAUGGCGCAUUACAUAUGGUUGGAAGUUUAGCAGACGUUCUGCUUAAAAAGAAGCUUUAUAGAGAACAAAUGGAUAAGAUGUUAGUACAGCAUGUGUUUCCCGAAUUUAAUAGUCCACAUGGUCAUAUGCGAGCAAGGGCUUGUUGGGUUUUACAUUAUUUCUCUGAAAUAAAGUUUAAACAAGAACAAAUCUUAGUUGAAGCAAUUAGAUUGACAACAAAUGCUCUUUUGACUGACCAUGACUUGCCUGUUAAAGUUGAAGCUGCUAUAGCUCUUCAAAUGCUUUUAUGUGCACAAGACAAAGCUCAGAAAUACAUAGAACCACUUAUAAAACAAAUCACUCUUGAAUUAUUAGCUAUUAUAAGAGAAACAGAAAAUGAUGAUUUAACUAGUGUUAUGCAAAAAAUUGUUUGUACAUAUACAGAACAGCUUAUGCCAAUUGCUGUAGAAAUUUGUCAACAUUUGGCUGCCACGUUUAGUCAAGUUCUUGAAACUGAUGAGGGUAGUGAUGAAAAGGCAAUUACUGCAAUGGGUAUUUUGAAUACAAUAGAAACAGUAUUGACAGUGAUGAAGAAUCAACCUCAAAUUAUGGCACAAUUAGAACCAACUGUUUUACAGGUGGUAGCUCAUAUAUUUAGUCAAAGUGUUAUGGAAUUUUAUGAAGAAGCACUUUCAUUAGUCUUUGAUUUAACGGGUAUGACUAUUUCUGAAGAUAUGUGGAAAGUUUUAGAACUCAUAUAUCAGCUUUUCCAAAAAGAUGGUUUUGAUUACUUUACUGAUAUGAUGCCAGCAUUACAUAAUUAUAUCACUGUAGAUACACCAGCAUUUCUAUCAAAUGAAAACUAUAUACUUGCUAUGUUUAAUAUGUGUAAAGCUAUAUUAACCGGUGAUGCUGGUGAAGAUCCUGAAUGUCAUGCUGCAAAAUUAUUAGAAGUUAUUAUUUUACAAUGUAAAGGGCAUAUCGAUCAGUGUAUACCUUCACUUGUGCAAUUAGUAUUAGAACGUUUAAUGCGAGAAGUAAAAACAUCUGAAUUAAGAACUAUGUGUCUUCAAGUGGUCAUUGCAGCUUUAUAUUAUAAUCCAGCUUUGUGUCUCGAAACAAUGGAUAGAUUACAAGGAAAUCUUGGACAAUCUCCAGAACCAAUUGCAUCACAUUUUAUUAAACAAUGGAUUCAUGAUACUGAUUGCUUCCUAGGGUUACAUGAUCGAAAACUCUGCGUUCUUGGAUUAUGUACUUUGAUUAGUAUGGGUCCUGCUAGGCCAACAGCAGUGAACGAAUGCGUUCAACAAAUAAUUCCAUCUCUAAUUUUAUUGUUUGAUGGCCUCAAGAGAGCAUAUGCUGCUAAAGUAGCAGAUGGAGAUGAGGAAGAUAAUGAAGAGGAAGAAAGUGAUAUUGAUGAAGAAGUUUUGUCAUCAGAUGAAGAUGAAAUUGAUGAUGCUAGUCAAGAAUAUCUUGAAAAAUUGCAAGAAAAAGUAACAAGGUCUUCAGGACAGCAUGGUUUUAAUGUUAAUGCGUCCAUUCAAGAUGGUCAUGGAGAUCAUAGAUCUGAUGUUGAUGACGAAGAUGAUUCUGAUUAUGACGCAAAUGAAGAAACUGCUCUGGAAAGUUAUUGUACACCUUUAGAUUCAGAAGAUACAAAUCAAGAUGAAUAUGUUGUUUUCAAAGAAGUUAUGCAAAAUAUUGAAAGAACUGACUCAACUUGGUAUAGGGCAUUAACGAGUCAUUUAACAGCUGAGGAACAGAAAGCAUUACAAGAAAUUAUAGUUUUAGCAGAUCAGCGUAAAGCAGCUUUGGAAAGCAAAAGAAUCGAACAAAGCGGUGGUUAUGCUUUCCAUUCUCAAACUAUACCCACUUCAUUCAAUUUUGGCGGAACACCUUUAAGUCGAUAAGUAUUUUUAAUUAUUUCUACUUGUAUUGAAUAAGUAAACAAAUUACAAGGCAUCUGAAUUGGAUACUAAUAGAGUACAUAAUUACUACAUGACCAUUUGGAAGACAUUGUGCAUGUCCUAUCUGCUAUUUUUAUGUACACUGAUAGUAAUUGGACAAAAUUUUAUUCUGAUAUGAUGCUUAAAAUAUAUUUCCAUUAAAUCAUGUAUACACAUGCUAUUGUUUCAUUAGUCGAGACAUUAGUAUGACUUUUAUUUGUCUAGUGAGUGAUAGUGUAUAAUCUUUUAUAGACAUUCAAUAUAAAAAUAAUUCAAUUGACCUAUUGGAAAAACUGCUAUUUGUCUAGUGAGCUUUUGUACAUACUUUAAUAAAUGAACAUAAUUUUAUUUAAAUCUAUAACUUUUGAAUUAAUAAUAAUUUGAAAAAUAAUAGCUUACUAGACACGUCAUUUCUAAUGAUAGUUACACAUAUUUCUACAGAACAUUUAGUCUGUAUAUUUGUUAAUGAAACUAUGUUAAAUUGUUGGUAUGGAUAUUGGGGGACUGUUUUGACUAUAUGACCAAAAUUGCGUAACCUCAUUUUAUAAUAAUGUCUUUACUUUAUGAAAGCUUUUAUUGUACACAAUAUUGCUCUGCUUGUACAGAUGCUGUUCUUUAAUAAAAAGAAAGUAGAAGGUUCCAAAGCUAUUAAAUAUGAUAAACCCAUCAGUAAAUAUUGAGAUAUAAAUAUAGUACUAUUUAUAAUGCUCAUUUGGAUUGCCUAUAAAAAAAAAAAUAGUAACAACAAAUUAUAUAUAUCUCAUUAUACAAUUUAUUCUUAACUUUCAAAAUUAAACACCAAGUCAAAUCAUUGUUAAUACUUAAUAAAUAGAAAGUUACAAUAAUGAGUAUAGUAAAAAAUUAUAAUAUUGCAAAUUGGAUGAAUUCAUUAAUCAUAACUAAUAACUUGAAAAAAUUUUGUCUUUACAUUGAAUUUAAGUAAUUUUAACUAAAGGAAGGCUUCUUAUAUUAUAUCUCUAAUACAACAAAGAUCUCUAAUAUUACAGUGUAAAAGAAAGUAAAAAUUAUAAACAUUAAUUAGUCAUUAAAAGCUAUUUUAAGAGAAAUUUUUGUUCUUUUAUCUAACUGUUAUUACUUAUUAAAUGCAUUAACAUAUUCACUUUUUAUAUAAAAUUUGUAAUAAUUAAAGAUAAUUUAAAUUAAUAAUUUUAUUUUUUUAUUUUAUUAAGAAAGUACAUUUAAUUCAGAUAAGCUUUUGUAAAGUAAAUAGCAACACAUCAUCAUAAACUGCAUUUAGACUUGAUUAAAUAAUAACACUUAUUUAACAUAAAAAAAGAUUGAAGUCAACAACUUAAAUAGUAUAGUAAUAACUCUCUAACAAAAACAAUACCAGUAAAAUUUAUUAUGCAUAAGUUUCCACAGCUAUCUUUGACCAUAAAUAAGUGAUUACUGAGUGCAAGUUUAUUUUGUUAAAUCGUUUAUCCUUUUUUAUUAUAUAUUUCAAAUGAAACUUUGAAAUGAAAAUAUCAUUUAUAAAUAAUAAAUAAAUUAUAUAACAUAUGCAUACAAAUAAAAAUUAACAUAUAUAAUACAAACAGAAUGAUUGCUACAUACAAAAAGAUUUGAAAACAUAUUAUAUUGAUUUCUUCUCCAUAUAAUAAAUGAAAUAUGAAUUGUAAAUAGUAAACAUUUUUAAUAUAUGCUGAAUCUAAAAUACAACGAUGGUAUGAGAGAGAGAGAGAGAGAAAGAGAGAGAGAGAGAUUUAUUCAUUGCUCUAAUAAUUUUUAUACUAACAACAAAAUGAUAAAUACAUAUAACUCUUGAAUGAAGUUAUAUGUUUAAUUUUGAUAAUGCUUAUUCACGUAUUCAUGUUUAUUUUCAUGUAUAAAGAUAUUUAUUAUAUUGAGAUAAAUUAAAAAUGCAUAUUAUAUAUUUUAAUAUCUCUCCUUAUUUCAGUCUAUGCUAUUUAAAAAUUGUUUUUUUGACACAUAAAUAUAUAAAAAUUAAACUAAUCUUUAUAUAUAUUACAUAUGUAUUAUACAUAUGUUUAUAUAUAUUGCAUAUAUAUCUUCUUUUAAUAUUAUCUAAUUUUUUUAAGAUAUUUCAAGUAGCAAUUAUUCCUGAUUAAAUUAAUGUAAUAAGUUUUCUAAUUAUUAUUAUAACAUUUUAAUAGUAUUAUAAAAAUUGGACUGAUUUUGUUGAUUGAAGGAAAGUAUAAAAAAGUGCCUCAAAAUGAUAAUAUACACUAAAACUUUAUUGAAAAAUAUAGCAAAGGACUAAAAAAGCUGUUAUUUUUUAGUUAAUAAGUUUUACACUUAUUGUACUACAACAUAACAAAUUAGUAAUGAAUACAAGGAAAAAAAUUAUCUAUUGCAAAAGAAAAUAUCAUUCCAUACAUACAAAUUUGUAGUUCCUACAAGACUUCUAACAAAACAAUAAAACAUCUUAAUUUAUAUAAAUAUUGUAUAGAAA